CACGUUCGUAGGCCGCACCGGGCCUAUAUUAGCCACUCUCGCGGGGCGCGCUUUCCGAGGAUCGCGGUUGCAGUGUAGCCAGAGAGCCAGAGAGAGCGUAGCGGAGAGGAGAGGAGAGGAGCAAGAGGAAGGUGGGGAGGCGAGGCGAGGCGGCGAAUUCCUCCGAGGGGCUGAUCGAUUCUCUUCGCGCAUUCUCGCCGUCGUCUUCGCUGCUGAGCAAUCCGGCCGCGCCUGUUCUGCGUCCCUUCUUCUUCUCCACGCCGAUCGGCUAGCGAUCGAGUAGUUGUCUUCCCUGAGCAAUCAAGCGGCGUCCCACCUGUUCUGCUUCCUCUUCUCCUCGCAGAUUGGAAAGACAAGUAUCAAGAAGCAUCCAGAUAUGGCACCAAGAGGAAGGCCUCGGAAGUAUUGCUGCAGCAAGUGCAACAAGAGCUUCCGUUCAGGGAAUGCUCUUGGAGGCCACAUGUCAUGCCACUGGCGUAUUGGUAACCAGCCAAAGAGCACGUCAAGCCCUCCUGCUGCUGUUGAUCUGCGCUUGCCGCUGCUGAGGCCCUGCAAUGAUAAGCCCUCGCUGUUGUCCCUGGAAACACAAUGCCAGAUGUGCUCAAAGGUGUUUUCAUCCUCCAAUUCUCUGAGGGGGCACAUGAGGAUGCACGGUGGCGAGAAGGUGGUGGCCAUGCCUGAGGAAGAAGCUGCAGGGCUGAUUGAAGCACUGGCCAUUUCUGAUAGCAUGCAGAAUCUAAUGGUGUUUUCUUCAGUGAAGCGUAAGCGAUCAUUGCGAUCAAAGAGGCAGACACCAGAAUUCAGUUUGGAGGAGAUAGAUGCUGCAGAUGCUUUGCUGCUGCUUUCAGAGCGCUUUCACAAGAUGUCAGCUUAUGAGGAUUGCUAUCUAGGAGACAAGGACGACAGUAGUUUGAGAUCCAUUGUGCUGACGGAGGUUAACACGAAUGUUCUAGAUCAUUCUUUGGUUCGGUCUGUUGACUCCAAGGUGCCAAUCAAUGAUAGUAACUCAGCCUAUGCGAAUUGCUAUGGGCAGAGUGACAAGGAAAACUGUUUGGUCCCAAUUGUUCCCAAGAAGGAGAUGGAUCUGAAUGAUUUUGAUCAUGAACUUGUUGGUGAUGCUGCGUUAAGGAAACCAAGAAUCAACAGUUCAGAUGAGGAGAUGAAGUUCGGUGAUCUUUCAGUUGCUCUCAAGGAGAAGAGCCACCGAUGCAUCACCUGUGGAAAGUCAUUCGGGUCAGGUCAGGCACUGGGAGGCCACAAGCGAUGUCACUAUGUUUGGAAGUGCGAUCGUCCUCGAGGUUUUGCUGGCCGUCCUGAUUCUGUUGUGCUGAAAGAGCGAAAGCUGAAACUUGAACCUCAGCUGUGGUGUGGCACGAGCAAUCUUCGGUGAACCAAUCUGGUGCUCGGUGUUGUCGGAAGCUGAAGCUUUUUGUUUGUGGUGAAAUAUGGGGUGCUGUCUGAAACUGAUACAGUUCGUUGAGUUGUCUGUAGGUGGUUCAUCAGUCAGGAAAGGAAAAAAAAAAACUUCUUGUCUUCUGAUGGAUAGUCACAAGCUUUGAUAGGAGUAGUUCUCUUGACUGACAAACUUUCUUGGGCGUCAAAGGCCAUGAUCUUAAGUGAUAGCUUGGUUACUGAGCAGUGAAGCUGAUUUCCAUCCUGCAUGUGCAAUACAAUGCAUUAGCUUGCCAUCCUUUUGUACCAGCAAUCUGUAGAUCAAUUUUGCUCUGCUUUCUGUAAAUGUUUGUAACAUGAUUCUUGGUUCAGAAUGAACUGUUCUUUUUUCGUACUAAAUGGUGUGAUAUCGUCAUUGUAUGUACUGAUCAGCCAAUA